CAAACAUAAAAUAACUGUUUCGUGUUUGUAAAUCGAAUAAGAAGUGAUUCUCCAAUCUUGAAUCAGUGUAUUUGUUUUUCUCAUUUAUUAUUUAAUUAUUAGUGUUAUUUGAUUAUAACUUAAUUUUUUAAAAUUGACUGUCAUGAUGAAAACCUACAUAAGCCAUGUUGUGGAUUUAGUAGUAUUAUUAUGUUUUGUGCAAUUUGCAACUUCUCGCCGUUAUCCAGAAGAGGGGUAUUUCUCAGGAAAUUACUUUGAUAAUCAACAAUAUGCCAAAAUAAAUGCUGGUCUUGGAAAGUUAGAGCACUUGCCAAAGUUGGUGAAUGAUUGGCCAGAUCCUGCUGUGGAAAUGGGCCAAGUAUCAGGAGUAUCCAUAGAUAAUGCUGGCCGGGUAUUUAUAUUCCAUAGAGCAAAAAAUGUCUGGGAUAGUCGCACAUUCUCUGAUCGAAAUGUUUAUCAAUCUAUAGGUGAACCACCAAUACCACACCCAACUAUUUUAGUUUUCAAUGAGACCGGGGACCUUGUUGAUAUGUGGGGUGAAAACCUUUUUUACAUACCCCAUGGUAUAACAGUGGAUGCAGCAGGGAAUGUAUGGGUGACUGAUGUGGCUCUUCACCAAGUUUUUAAAUUUACACCAGAUCAGAGAGAGAAACCUGUUAUUACACUUGGAGAAAAAUUUGUGCCAGGCAGUGAUGAUAAACAUUUCUGUAAGCCAAGUGCUGUUGCUGUUCAUUCUUCUGGGGACUUCUUUGUAUCAGACGGAUAUUGCAACACAAGAAUCAUUAAGUAUGCUGCAGAUGGGACAAAGAUAUUACAGUGGGGACGUGAGUCUGGUCAAACACCAUUUACUUUUUAUAUUCCACAUGCAUUGACAAUAGCUGAGGAUCAAAACGCUGUAUGUACUGCAGACAGGGAAAGAGGUAGAGUCGCCUGCUUCAGAGCUGAUAAUGGAACAUAUAUACAUUCUUAUUCUCAUUGGCUGAUUGGGCCUAGAAUAUUUAGUGUUGCAUAUUCUCCAAUACAGGGCGGCAGACUAUACUUAGUAAACGGGCCUUCAAGGGGAAUACCAGUUAGAGGUUAUGUCAUAGAAUACACCUCAGGACGUCUAAUACAGACUUUUGCCCCCGGCUCUGCCUUCCAUAAUCCUCACGAUAUCGCGGUCACCCCAGAUGGCAGCACUGUCUACGUAGUUGAACUUAACCCUUAUAAGGCGUACAAGUUUGUGGAUGACGGGUUGAAAGCGAAUUUACAGGUUGAGGUGAAACCAAAUGGGACAUUGCAUACAAAGCCAACAGCUACUAUUGAAGCGAGUGGCGUGGCGUUAGCUGGUGAAGGGGUUUUAGAGGGAUGGGGUGGGGCUAUGGGUGGGGCGUUGGGCGCGGCGGGAGCGGCGCUUGUGGCACUCGCAGCGCUGGCGCUUCUCAACGCACGAAAUCGCGGUAAGAGAGACCCACUCUUGUGCACGCCACACGAUGAUAUGCCUUGAUUUUAUCACUAUUUCGCUAGUAUUUGGAAUUAUUUAUAUUAUAUAUAUUGGAAGUAUUUUAGAUCUGAAAUAAGUGUCAUUGGUCUUUAAUACGAAUUGUAAUUGCAACGGGUCGUAGAUUUUACUUGAGAAAAACAUUCCUAUUAUUAUGCUUUUUUUGCUAUGACUUGUAAUAAUUUCAACACGCGUAUUUAAGAUGUUUAACGUAAAUUAUUACGUCUGACUGCGCUCAGUUGCAUAAUUUAAAGGCAUUUUUAAUUCAUAUUCAAGUGAAAAGUAAAUGUUAAGGGGUGUGAGCAGAUAGACAUAAUGUGUUUGUCUUGUUCACACCUAUAAUAGAUUGUCUAUGGGCUAGAAACGCAUUGAAGUUUUAUAGUCUAAGUAACUUGCCAAGUAUUAUAUUUUGUUUCUGUAUGAUUUAAUAUUGUUUUCUCAAAUUUUACUGUUAUACAAUUUUACUUAGGAAUGUACACAAAAUAUUUAUUUUUGUUUAUAGAAUUAGUUGAAAU